CACUUGUGGCCCCUCUCGCGUCAUACGACACACCGGCGCAGAAGGUUUGCUCACGCCGACCGUUGGUAAUCUCGCUCGAUCGUCAUGUGACGAGUACGCGGCCAUGAUACUUAAGGGGUACCACUGGUCGGUUUCAAUCUUCAAAGCACUCCAGCUUCUCUCUCACCACAAAUUCUCCCUUCGCGGUACCUUCAACCCACACCUACUCACAUAGCAAACAUGGUUAAUGUCAAGGUCGGCGACACCGUCCCCACUGGCAAGUUCGCGACCGUGUACUACACGCCCGAGCUCGAUUCGCACGCCGCUUGCGGUGCCCCCUCCAAGGUGACCACGGACAUCUUCAAGGGCAAGAAGGUCGUUAUCUUUGCCGUUCCGGGAGCCUCACGG